CUGCUUGGCUUAACGAGUAGUUUGAUCUCAACAUAAAAUGAGUGUAGACGUUCCACAACGAAAAUAGUGAAAAUUGUUUUGAGUAUGGUUGAAUUUUUAAAAAUUUAGUACUAAAUAAUUUUUGAAUUUUUUGUCAACAUGAUAAGAAAAAGAAGAUGUAGUAAAGUUGAAAUGGAACGAAUCGAGAUAUCUGAAAGAGAUGAAAGAGAUGAAGAGAUGAAAAACCAAGGUUCAAGCUCUAUUGCAAACAAUGAGGGUAAAAACAUUCCUGCUGUUUCUUCAAACUUGGUGAACGUAAGGAAAAUGAUUCUUCAGCUGGCCAGUGUACGAGUACUAGUAGAAAAGUUACCUCAGAACAUGGUUAUUAAAAAUUGGGAGAGCAGUAUCGUUGAUUUAAAUAAAAAACACCUUUAUAGGACCCCUCUACAUCUUUUAUGUGUAAACUGUGAUAAGAUAGCACAAGUACAGGAUGACUCGUGCGAAAAAACUGAUUGCGACGAGUGCAAAUUAAAACUUGUGUACGAAAUACAAGAAUGCCGAUUACCAAAUAAGCAUAAAAAAACUGAGGACUGUGAUUGCAAGAUAAAUACAUUUUACUGCCCGGAUUGCCUCGAAAAAUCUAUAAGUAAAAAAAAAAUAUUAGAUCAUGUUAAACGGCACGAUUUUGAAUCUUCAAAAGAUGGCUCAAAAAAAUUAUAUUGCUCUGGAUGCAAAAUCACAAGUUCCUACAAUAUUUGGAAAUACCUCGAAGGUUGUGAAAAAUGUAAAGAAACUCUACAUCUGCAGUGCGGAAAAUGUGGAAAUUUAUUUUUCAAUCUUCGAGAAAUGAAAAAUCAUAUGCUGAGCAAUUGUUAUAACACGAAAAAGUAUCGUUGCACUGAUUGUGGUUAUUGCGUACCGAGAAAGGGAUUAAUCGUUUUGCACAGGAAGAGAAAUAAAGGUCAUAAAUAUUAUAUAACGGAAUAUGAGGAAAAUAUAAUCAAAGAGGAAUGUGAUGAUGAUCUAUCUGUCAUUGAUCAAUCUGCGAAUGUCACUUUUAGUGCCCAUGAAACAUUAGAAUCAAAUGCAACUGCGAAUUCGUCAUUAACAGAUUACUUGAGCAUGGAUGAUAUUGUGGAACAUGUGAAGCAAAAAGAUCUGCCUUAUGCAUGUCCGGAAUGUGACAAAGUAUUUGCGUACAAAAAAAUAAUGGAAAAACAUUUGUAUCUCUGCCGAGUUAUUACAAAUGUACAAUGUAAACAGUGCACAUUCGUAGCUAGGAAUCGUAAGGAGUUGAAAAAACACAAGUACGAAGUACAUCAGAGAAUAUCGGGAAGGCACAAGCAAGAUUCAUACAUACGAAGUAUUUGCCCAAAAUGUCAAGUACCGCGCACGACGAAAGACCUACUAAAGUGUCCGAUUUGCAAGAGUAAACUACAGUUUCGAUGUAUAAAAUGCAAUAAAUAUCAGAGCUUGAAAAAGCAACUGCCUUGCAAACACAUGCGAGAAUUCAGCAAAUUAAAUUUGCAUGAAUGCGAGAUGUGCAGCAGAGGAUUCAUCAUGCGUUCCAAUCUGCUCAUGCACAAGCAGCUGUGUUACCCCAAAAUACCGAAGCAAGAGCCUAUAGACGAGCCGCAAGAGGAAGAUUGAAAUUCGACUAGCAAACGUUACCGGCAGACGAGCAAAGGUCAUUUUUCCCAUUGUAUCGGAGCAUGGCAAAGGCUUUCUAACGAGCCGCGUCACGUGAGGCUGUGUGCGAGUGUGUGUAGGUCGCGCUUAUCCAAGGACGCGUUCUGGUACAACACGACUAUGAUUGUUCACGUAAGUGCGAGUGUAUAAUAGAGACGAGCCGAUUCGGCAAGCAUUGAAAAUGCAAAAAAAAUAUACUGUAAUUUCGUCGUUCUGGAACAAUGAAAAAUUUCUCUUGCUCGAAGCUAUUGUACUUGCUCGAUCAACCGCUCGACAGAGCAUAUCUAAUUCUAUUUUUUUGUUCGUCUACGAAAAUAAAUAUCGAUGAUGCGACGAUUCAACACGUGGGAUGAUAACGAUGCACUGGGAAAUACUACAGAAAAAAUUACUGUCAUAAAUUACCAUGUGUAAAAUUACCAUAAUAUAUAAAGCAAAUAUUACCGUGUUACACAAUAAAAUUACUUUUUAACACAGUAAAA